AUGUUCCCCACCACAAAAAAUGAUUCCUCAGUGAUUUCCACGACAUCUCUACCACAAGUGACUUCCAACAAUGCUUCAUCAGAGAACAGCACCUCAAAUCCUAGUGCCACAGGUCCCAGAACUCCUUGCGAAGCUUCUCCCUGCACAGAUGGUUCCGCAUGUGUUAAUCUUAAUGACAAACACUUCUGCCUGUGUGUAGAAGGGUAUUACUAUGACUCUUCUGCCUGUGUGAAAGGAAAGAUAUUCCCUGGGCAGAUUCGCGUACAAGUAUCAGAAAUUUCUGGCUUGGAAGACAAAACUUCCAAAGCCUAUCAAGACUUGUAUUUUAAAAUUACUGAUUUUCGUGCUGCUGGCAAGGUUACCGUAAGGAUAGUAAACAUUUUGUCACAAAAUGCAAAUGAAAGUGAGGCGAGUGUGUCCAAAAUGAUUGAAACGGCAGCUAAUAGUACGUCAGGCAACUUUUCGGCUUAUGUUGCGGAAAGUCGGUGUGACUAUCAUGGUUGCAAACAGGCUGAUGAUGCCUGCAUUAAUGGUUUAACCUGUGAGUGCAAACUCAAUUGGGAAAGACCUAACCCCCAGGCUGCCUGUGUUGCCUCCAGUCCACAGUGUCCUGAUAACUGCCAUGGAGAGCACAAGCAGUGCUUGGUAAAGGAUGACGGGAUCCCUGAGUGUGCCUGCGAGCCCGGCUACAAGGAAGAAGAUGGGAAGUGUCAAAAGUGUCCGUUUGGCUACAGUGGACUUGACUGCAAAGACCAAUUUCAGCUGAUCCUCACCAUCCUGGGCAUCAUUGCCGCCAUCAUCAUUCUCAGCAUGCUGAUUGCACUGAUCGUCACAGUAAGAUCAAAGAACAAAGCGAAGAAUAUUGAAGAACAGAACUUAAUUGAGGAAGACUUUCAAAAUCUGAGACUGCAACAGACAGGCUUCAGCAAUCUAGGAGCAGAUGGGAGCAUCUUCCCUAAAGCCAGGAUAGCAGCUUCCAAAGACACCCAACCACAAAAUCCCUAUGUAAGCCAGAGGAACAUACCCGGCCCUGACUAUUAG